CGAAUCCUUAAGGUUGAUAUGACGUUAGUUGAACCUUUUUGGAGUUGGGAUUCACGAAUUGCACAAUUAAUAUCCUCUCAAAAAUGUCUGAGAUCUUUCAUAAUGAAACGGGGCAAAUGUACGGAUGCGUUAAUUUCUGACCUAGAGUUACAUACAGAUUCUCUACGACUUAUCCAUUUUCGUAGGGUUGAUUUUUCAAAAUGUUCAUCAAUUGGUACUUUUAAAUCAAAUUGUAAAAACUUAGAAGUACUAAUAAUUCAUGGAUGUAAGUAUUUAUCAGGGAAUGUACGCGAAGAAUUGAUUAAUGCAUCAUUUCCCAAGUUGGUUGAGCUUGAUGUUAAUGGAACUGAUUGUGAUGGAGCAAUUGUUUCAUGGAAUAAUUGUGUUGGUAGACGUAAUGAACACCAAGAACUAAAAUUCUACUGA